AUGUCCAUGCGAGAAGGUGAGACUCUGAAAAUGUACUCGAACGAAUACUGGGAGAUGUUUAAUGAGAUCGAUAGGGAUUUUGAUGAUGUGGCCAUCAGGACCUUCAAGGUCGGCCUACCUGCCGAGCAUGAUUUGAGAAAGUCCUUGACCAAAAAGCCGGUAAGGAGGGUGCAUCGACUUAUGGAUCGUAUCGACGAGUACAAAUGGGUUGAGGAAAAUCAGCAGCAAUGGAAAGGAAAGGCUAAAGUUAUUCCUCAGGAUAUGAGGGAUUUUAGGUCAGACAGAUACAAUAAUAAUAGACCCCGAAGGGAUUAUGCUGGACAAUCUGGGUCUGUGACUCCUCAGGUGGUUAACACGGUGUUCCGAGAGCCAGUACAUCAAGUCUUCGAGAAGAUCAAGAAUGAGUCAUACUUUAAAUGGCCAAAAAAGAUGGGAGGAGACCCUAUGAGGCGAAACCAAAGUCUUCAUUGCCAAUACCACCAAGACCGGGGCCACACCAAUAAAGACUGUAGGACUUUGAGGAGUCAUCUGGAGCAACUGGUUAGAGAAGGGAGGCUGAAACAAUUUCUACAUCAGCCCAUUGGAUCAGGAUUUCAGGGGAAUGCUUUUUCUAGAGCCCCUUUGGGCAUAAUUAACGUCAUCUUUACUGCUCCGAGGAGAACUGGUUCUCAUCCCUCCAUGGUGAUGUUCGUAGCUCGGCCACUCGUUGAGGACUCUAACUCUGAGCCGAAGAGGGCUAAAGUGGAGAUUCAACUGGCGCUUAGUUUUUCGGAUGAGGACAAAGUCAGAACCAUACAGCCACAUGAUGACACGUUAGUGGUCAUCCUCUGGAUAAGAGGGUAUGAUGAAAAGAGGGUGUUGGUAGACUAG